AUGCUGUUCUCCUCCAUUAGCACUCUGCUCCUGGCGGCCACAAUCACUACAGUAUUAGACAAGCCCGUUCCAGUUACACUGGGCGAGAUCGAACGUCGAUGGUCACAAGGACAUUCAGAGCACGAGAUUCACCCUUCACACGACAUCCGAGAGGCCACACCAGCAUGGACUGUCAAACGAGACCCGGACAUGGCAAUCAUGACGACCGACUCCUUCGACUCCACGACAGACGAACGCACAAUGCUAGUGCGAGGAUAUCAACCUCGUAACGCACGUCUGAGAAGACGAGUCGACAAUGAUGCCGGCCUCGUACCAAAAAUGAAGCAGUUCGUCGAAGACUUCAUGCGUAGCAAGGGCCUAACAACUAUGAUUACUCGUAGCACUGAGGAUGCUGUGGACGAGGCGCCGGUGCUGAAGCCGAAAAGGGGUAUGCGGUACAGGUUUACUGCUUGA